GUGAUAGAAUGGCAACAUUUGCAUAUUUACCUCCCUUUAUUUAGAAAACUGCUUCCGGUGGAAUACACACGUGCAUAAAUCAGAAUUAUAAAAGCGGAACUUUUCAGAACUGAUACAACAUGGGAAACAAGAAGAAAGUAGGUAAACAGCGCCGUGACAAGUUCUACCAGUUAGCCAAGGAGAGCGGCUUUAGAGCUCGUUCAGCUUUCAAACUUAUUCAGCUGAACAGAAAGUUUGAAUUUCUGCAGAACUCGAGAGUUGUGGUAGAUCUUUGUGCUGCACCAGGAGGAUGGCUUCAGGUGUGUAGUGAAAAUUGCCCUGUCUCAAGUCUUAUCAUUGGUGUUGACUUGGUUGGAAUUAAGCCAAUCAGGAACUGUAAGACAUUGGUAGAUGAUAUCACAACGGAAAAAUGCCGACAGGAUUUGAGGAAGGAACUUCAGACAUGGAAAGCUGAUUGUGUUCUUAAUGAUGGUGCUCCAAAUGUUGGAAAAAAUUGGGUCCAUGAUGCUUUUCAACAGGCACAUCUUACUCUUCAAGCAUUGAAGCUUGCAACAGAGUUCCUGAAGAAAGGUGGAUGGUUUAUCACCAAGGUCUUUAGAUCCAAAGACUACAACUCUUUACUCUGGGUUUUCCAGCAGCUCUUUAAGAAUGUUCAUGCCACCAAACCUCAAGCUUCUAGAAAUGAGUCAGCAGAAAUAUUUGUUGUCUGUCAGAAUUAUCUGGCACCGAACAGAAUUGAUCCAAAAUUUUUGGACGCUAAAUCAGUGUUUAAAGACAUAGAAGAUGAGCCUACCCAAUCAAUAAAUUUGAUUCACCCGGAGAAACAAACGCGACACAGAGAUGGGUAUCCUGAAGGGGACUACACUUUAUUUCAUACACUCAAAGUCAGUGAAUUUAUAACAAGUGACAAUUAUUUGGAAUUAUUAGCCGACGCCUCUGAAGUCAAAUUUGAUGACGAAGGAAUUGAAAACCAUCCUUCUACAACAGCUGAAAUAAAAGAAUGCUUGAAAGAUAUCAAAGUAUUAGGAAAACGUGAAAUCAGAUUGGUUAUAAAUUGGCGUAAAAAAUUGAAGAAAGAAAUGGAAGAGAAAAGAAUAGCUGAUAUGCCAGAUGAAAAAGACGCUGAGGAAAAGGUGCCUGAGCAGGAUAGUGAAGAUGAUUUGGCAGCACUUGAAGAACAGUUGAAUGAUCUUGAAGGUGAGGAAAAGAAAGCGUUAAAGAGAAAAAUUAAGAAAACAAGAAGAGAAAGAGGGAGAUUACAGAGAAAAAUGGACAUGAAACUUGUUCUUCCUGGAGACAAGCUUGAUAUGUCUGAGGAUAGGGAACUGUUUGAUUUGAAUAGAAUUAAGUCCAAGAGUCAGUUACAAAAAGUUGAGGAAGUAGAACUGAGUGACAUUGAUUAUGAUGAAGAGGAAGAAGAUGAAGUGCCGAAGAAAAAAACAAAAAUUACAUGGGAAAGAGAUGGUAUAAAAGAAUAUCAACUACCAGGUGAAGGUUCUGAUGGAGAUGAUGGUAAUGAGGAUGAUCAGGGCAGUGAUGAUGAUGAUGAUUCCAAUGAAGAAGAUGCAGAUAUUUCACUGGAUGAGGCUGAUCUAGAUGACCUUAAUCCGUUGUUGGUUGGUAAGCCUGGCAAAAAAGCAAAGACAGAUACGUGGUUUAGCAAAGAUGCAUUUGCCGGAUUGGAAGAUGACGAUGAUGAAGAUGUUGAAAUUGAGGAAAUGGCAAAGGCAUAUAAAGAGAAAGGAGGAGUUAUAACAGGUAUGGAGGAAGAUAUGAUUAUUCCUGAAGAAAAGGUGAAGGAUAUUAAUCAGACAAAAGUUGUUAAACAGAAAGUAAUAAGUGAUGAUAAAGAUAGUGCUGUCGAGAUGAAUUCUGAUGAUAGUGAUUCGGAGACAAGUAGUGAAUCUGAGGGAAAUGAUUCAGAUUCAGACAGUGAUUAUGAUACUAAAGAGUUCUAUAAACAGCAAGAAAAGGCUAAUAAAGAAAAAAAAGGGAAAGCUAAGAAGUCAAAUAAAAGUUCUGGUUUUGAAGAAGUCCCAGCUGAGGAAAAGUCAGCUUAUAAGUUAGAUACAAACGGUCUAGCUAUAGGGUCUGCUUUGGUAUCUUCAAGGAAACGAAGAAGGGAAAUUAUUGAGAGUGGUUACCAUAGGUAUAUGUUUAAUGAUACAAAUCUCCCAGACUGGUUUGAGAGGGAAGAAAGGAAACACCAUCGUAUACCGUUGCCAGUCACCAAAGGUGAAGUACAGGAGUACAAAAUGAAAAUGAAAGCAGUUGAUGCCAAUCCUAUAAAAAAAAUUGCAGAAGCAAAGGCUCGUAAAAAGAGGAAACAGAUGAAAAGAUUGCAGAAGGCAAGAAAGAAGGCAGAUGCAAUUAAUGACACUGAAGAAGUCACAGAUAGAGAAAAAUGGCAACAAAUAAAACAAGUUUAUAAAAAGGCUGGUUUGUUGACUUCUAAGAAAAAGGAGGUAACAUAUGUUGUAUCAAAGAGAGGACUUGCAGGGAAAAAGGUCAGUAGACCACAAGGUGUAAAAGGACCUUUUAAAGUAGUUGACGGAAGGUUAAAGAAAGACAGUAGAGCACAAAAGAGGUCAGAGCAAAGGAAGAAAGGAAAGGGAAAAAAGAGGAGAUAAACAUUAUGACUUACUUCUGUUAAAUAGGGUGGAAAAGAGAAAAAAAUGUUUUUUUAUUUGGAUUAGGUUUCAAUUACUCUGAAACAGAA